AUUAUAAAGCGACUCUGUGCAACGCAACAAGGUCGCAUUGCUCAGUCGACAUCGGUGUGUUGAGCCCCAGCCAUGGUCAGGGUGGCAACGGCGAUGGCAUCGCCUAAUCCUCUGCUCCUGGUGCUGGUCAUCUUGACCAUAGUGGCCGCGAUCCCCAAAGCGGUCAUCGCAAUCGAUCUUAGUCGACUCUACGGACACAUCAGCUCGAAGCGAGGUGAUGCCUGCCAUCCUUACGAACCGUUUAAGUGCCCUGGAGAUGGAAACUGCAUAUCGAUUCAGUAUCUGUGUGACGGAGCUCCAGACUGUCCCGACGGAUAUGACGAAGACUCCAGAUUAUGUACCGCUGCAAAAAGGCCCCCAGUGGAGGAAACUGGAAGUUUCUUGAAGUCACUACUAGCCAGCCACGGGCCUAAUUAUUUGGAAAAGUUAUUUGGAACCAAAGCAAGAGACGCCUUGAAGCCACUAGGUGGAGUUGACAAAGUGGCUAUUACUUUGUCAGAGUCUCAGACAAUUGAAGAUUUUGGUGCAGCUCUUCACUUGCUGAGAUCGGACCUGGAACACUUGCGUUCUGUUUUCAUAGCGGUAGAAAACGGAGACUUAGGAAUGUUAAAAUCUCUCGGAAUUAAAGACUCGGAAUUGGGAGAUGUCAAAUUCUUCCUCGAGAAGCUGCUUAACACGGGAUUCUUAGAUUGAGGUCAAGUUGGACCUGCUGCUGAGGUAGUAUAUGCCCAUCCGCAACCUCAUUUACCCUUAAGCAAACAUUUUUAUUCUUAUCUUCCUAACUAGACCUUUUUUAUAUAUAUUAUGGGCAUAUAUUAAGCAACAUCCAAAUUUUAAAUACAAAAAACAUUUAAAAACGAGGUGUUGCAUAGUGUUUAUUAUUUGAACUUCGAUUUUUCUUGGUAACAUGGCCAUUUUUUGAACACCAAAAUCAGAUGAUUGUACUGAGGUCACGUUAAAUGGGGUAUUGUAAGAUAAUUUAACACUAUAUUUACUGAUGUAUUAAAAUAAACUAAAAGGGAAAGGAAACCAAAAGAACUAGGCACCUGAUUUAUUCUACUUUGGUGAGACAAAAAUGUUGGUCAAAACUCUUUCACAUUUUUAUCAGCAGCAGUGUCAGUUUUGAGAUUUCCGUCCCUGAUAAUUUUAAUGGGGAUAAAACAAAAAUAAAAAAAUAGUUACAUAUAUAUUUUUAAACCGUUUAUGUUAGAACGUCCCUAGAUUUGAAGUGAAAAAAAGAAUAGAUACUGUAGAUGUUGCAUAUACUUUUACUCUAAAAUAUUUUUAUGUCGACAUAUCAGUCCUCCAACGUGUUGAAGACACAUUGGGGACAUCGCAACAAAACAUAUCAUAUAAAUGUGUUGUAGUUUGUAAGAUUCUUCUAUAAGGUGCAUUUGUGAUCACGUUAGUGGUCCAUUCUAUGUAAUUUAAACAUAUCUCGUCUUCUGUUGAUAGUCGUUAUAUAAGAGAAUGUAAGUAACAUUGUAAUAUUUUGGAAGGUUUUAUAGAAUCGAAGUAGGCUCUAAGAGUUCCGGUUGCUCCAAGAGCAAAAUCAAUGGAAGACUUAAAUUUCUAUAAACAAAUCAAUAAAUCGUAAUUUAUUCAUAUACUUAUAGAAAUAUAUCUUUUACCGGAAAUACGCAUACAUAUAUGUGUGUCGAAUUUAGUUUUGAAAUUGGAAAUGGUUUUAUAUUUUUAUUAAUAAACGAAUCGGUGCAGAAUAAUAAAAAUUGACCAAUUCCGAUUUUAUUUUUUUCUGGGAUGUACUGAAUCAACUUAUUUAGGGCCUAAAGCUGAUUAUUUACAUCCUGGGUCAUACUCUAAAGGGAUUUUGUGAUCAAUUAUAUAUAAAUAAGCGAUAUAGUAAGCAAAUCUUUCGUUAAGAUAUCGACCUGACACUUACCACCUUAUUAACGAGGGAUUCGUCUAUUCUCGCAUUUACAAUUCAACUAAGCACAAUCAUAUGGUGUACCGCACUUAUAUACAUUCUUUAAGUAUCAUAUCUAUAUGCGUCUAUAUAUAUUUAUAUAAACAAAAUAUACAUAAAUAUAUUUUUUCGACUACCCUAGGAUGUUGACAACUUAAGGCACUAUAUAUAUUUACUU